AUGGUUUUUCACAGCAGAGCUAGCGGGUUUCCCAAUAAAAAACAGCUCACAUUCUCCUUUGGGUAUAGGCUGGGUGCGCAGCGUGAGGACCCGAAGCGCAGCACUACAAUAGGCGUUCACUUCACUGUUCUCUCACACGACUGCUGUCUGCAAUCCUGUGAUUGGGAACAUUUCUGGGCGCCGAAAGGAGGGAAAGGACAAGUCAAAGGAGGCGUCAAGCGCUAUCGUGAAGUGCUCGGGAACAUCAUGCAAGAAAUUACCAAGCAGGCGAUUCAUCAUCUCGCACGUCGCGCUGCAGUGAUGCGCACCAUAGGGCUUGUAUGUGAUGAAAUUCGGGAAUUACUGAACGUGUUCCUCGAGAACGUUAUAAGGGAUGAUAUGAGUUACUGUGUACAAGCGAUGGUAAAACCGUGA